GACAGGUCUGCAGCUGGAUAACACAAAGAAGAGUGAAGAAGCUUCUCUGGAGCAAACUUAAACCUAUCGGACUAUUCUUGUGCAUUUUCCUCUUACGGAUCAUAGAACAAGCAAAGUCUGCAAACAUGCCCGUGUCAAGGAUGAGGAUGAGGCCAUGGCUGGAGGAGAAGAUCGAGUCACAGUCCGUCUUGGGUCUGACUUGGUUGGACAAGGAUAAGACAAUGUUCUCCAUCCCCUGGAAGCAUGCAGCUCGCCACGGCUGGCAGAUGGACAAGGAUGCAUGUCUGUUCAAACAAUGGGCCAUCCACACAGGGAAAUAUGUCGAAGGUCAGGCUUGUGACCCAAAGACAUGGAAAGCCAACUUCCGCUGUGCAAUGAACUCAUUGCCUGACAUCGAGGAGGUGAAAGACAAGAGCAUCAACAAAGGCCACCAAGCUGUGCGUGUCUUCAGGAUGCUGCCUUCAACCCCAAAAUCUAGAGAUAAACGAAGCAAAGCAAAGGAAUCCAGGCCAAGGAAGAAGAGCUCUAUUGUCAAGCAGGAGGAAGACACUGACUGUAGCGAUACUCAGUCUGAGUCAAUGAUGGAAGACUCUAUGUCCCCUCAGGAGAACACAGUCGACAGCACAGUGCGCACAGAGCAGGAAGAUUAUACAAUCGAGGCUCAAUCUGAAGUUCCUGACUGGUCCGUAUCAGUAGAAAUCGGCCCUGAGAGCUUUCCAAGCUUCUACCAGAGAUUUGAAGUAUCACCGGAGCACACCGACGAUUACGACUAUAACGACGACAUAAUCCAGAUUUGCCAGCAACUGGAGAAAGAAACAAACUGGCUGUCAAGCAGUUUAGACGGCAGGGGGUUCCUGAGCAAUGAAGCAUGCACCAGUCCAGGGAGCCAGUGGAGUGAAUCUUCCUCAGUCGACGAGCUAGAAGAAUUGCCACAGUACACAACUUUGGGUGCUGGAUAUACAAAUUCCUUGGAAGACCCAUGGAGCAGCUUUUGCCAGCAUCUGCCUCUGCUCUGAAAUCUUCAGAUCAGGACAGGAUAGUUCUAUGAGACUUUGGACUUUUAAAAAAAGAUAAUCCUGCCCACCAUCUUCAUCUACUGAGCCCUCUUCUCAGUUGAAUCACCAUAAUCAUCCUUCCAGUCUGUGAUGGAUGAUGCCCACACUUUAAGCUAAAACACCAUCAUCCCCCAUGUGAAGUGCGUUUCACGGCCGGUCGCAGUACAAAGAGCUUUCCUCAUCUCCCUCAACCUUUGUGUGAAGUUAUAAAGUGAAGUCCUGAAGUGCACUGCUGUGUUAGAGGAACUCACACACUGUUCAUUUUCUAUGUUAUUGGCUGGUUCAAGGCAUUUUGGUGCUCAGUUUCUUUGUGAUGAUGACUUUUGAUAACACAGGAUUUCUCUUGUUUUACUCAUAUACAUGAUCAUACUCAGUUAUAAAUAUACGAGAUAAACAAUACUUACCUCCAAAUGCACAUAGGCUAAUUUUUGGUUUGCUCAGCAUUUAUUCAGAGGGGUUCACAUUCACCUAUCAGUUUUUCCGUUAUAUGCACGCAGGUAAAUUUUAGUUUAAGGGACAGGAAUGCCUUUUGGCAAACCUUAAAUUUUGGUGAAAGCUCUACUUCAAAAUCUCACAGUUGUUUUGCUUCAGGCUCAACAAUGUAUGUACAUAGUUGUUUUUGUUUGUGUGUAUUUUUUUUUAUAAAAUAAAAAAACUAAUUGUGAA